AUGCGGCUGGAAUGGGAGAAGGAGCUAAAACUGAGAGAGCUGAAGGAUCGUGAGGAACAGAGAGAACAUGACCGGAAGGAGAAGGAGAGACAGAGGGAACAUGACCGGAAGGAGAACGAGCGACAGCGUCAACAUGAGCUGGCCUUGCCGAGGGAGACGCCCUACGCGUGCGCUGAGUGUGGGAAAAGCUUCAGUCGGCGCUCACGCCUUAUCAGACAUCAGAGAAUCCACACGGGAGAGCAGCCUUACGCGUGCGCUGAGUGCGGGAAAAGCUUCAGUCAGCGCUCAAACCUUAUCACACAUCAGAGAAUCCACACAGGAGAGACGCCCUACACAUGCGCUGAGUGCGGGAAAAGCUUCAAUCAGCUCUCAAUCCUUAUCAGACAUCAGAGAAUCCACACAGGGGAGACGCCCUACACGUGCGCUGAGUGUGGGAAAAGCUUCAGUCGGCGCUCACGCCUUAUCAGACAUCAGAGAAUCCACACAGGAGAGCAGCCUUACACGUGCGCUGAGUGCGGGAAAAGCUUCAGUCAGCGCUCAAACCUUAUCACACAUCAGAGAAUCCACACAGGAGAGACGCCCUACACAUGCGCUGAGUGCGGGAAAAGCUUCAAUCAGCUCUCAAUCCUUAUCAGACAUCAGAGAAUCCACACAGGAGAGCAGCCUUACACGUGCGCUGAGUGCGGGAAAUACUUCAGUCGGCGCUCAAACCUUGUCACACAUCAGAGAAUCCACACAUGA